UGUCGAUUGUUGGUUGAGUGAGAUCAGGGAAAUUUUCGUACUUAGUUACUUUGUUAGGAAAAAUUUAAGGAAAGAGUUCUUAAAAACUAAACAAAAUGAACAGAAUAUUCGGCAGAGGAAAACAAAAGACUCCAGGUCCAAGCAUAACAGACUGCAUUAGCACUGUGGAUGGUCGAGCAGAUAAUAUAGAGCAAAAGGUCAAUAAGUUGGAGACAGAACUAAGGAAAUACAAAGACCAAAUGGCUAAAAUGAGAGAAGGACCGGCGAAAAACUCUGUUAAACAAAAAGCUAUGAGGGUUCUAAAGCAGAAGAAAAUGUAUGAGCAGCAACUGGACAAUCUCCGAGCUCAAUCAUUCAACAUGGAGCAAGCAAACUAUGCUACACAAACACUGAAGGACACACACGCAACCGUCCAAGCCAUGAAAGAUGGUGUCACUCAGAUGAAAAAGGAGUUUAAGAAAAUCAAUAUAGAUAACAUUGAGGAUGUGAAUGACGAAUUAGCAGAUAUGAUGGAGCAAGCUGACGAGGUGCAGGAGGCGCUCGGCCGCCAGUACGGCAUGCCGGAGAUCGAUGACGACGAAUUAGCUGCUGAACUUGAUGCCCUAGGCGACGAGAUAGCCCUGGACGACGACACGUCGUACCUUGACGACGUGGUGAAGGCGCCGGCCGCGCCCGACAAGGAGCCCGGCGCCGACAGCGUGCGCAACAAGGACGGAGUGCCCGUCGACGAGUUCGGCCUCCCGCAGGUGCCCAGCGCCGCGCAGACUACGCGCUAAACGUGACAAUAACAAGUGAGCUGUACAUGUCGCUCUUGUAUACCAGGAAAGCGGAGUGAACGGUGCGUACAGGUCUGACGAAUGCGACGCGGCAAUUCUAACUUUAUAGAAACAAAACGCAGCUUAAUAACAACGAAAAUAAUCAUGCUAGGUCCAAACAACUUUAGAACUCAUCGACUCAUCACAUCAUUGAAUUGCAUCCUGCGCGAGCGAGAAAUACUGUAGGUACUAUCUAAUCUACUUCUCGCAGAAUGACGCCCCGCCCGAACUAACGCUGUAGCUCCUUCGUGUUACUUCGGUCGACGUGCGGCCGAGACAUCACUUAUCUUAUCUAUCACUUUAGUAAAUCGUUGCCGGGGGAGUGAGAGCUGUACGGAUAUACUGGGAUAUACUGAUACAUUCGGAUUCGUAAAGACAAGAAGUGAUUCAUGAAAAAAGAAAGAUACAUAUCUUUUAUAUCUAUAUCUCCUGAGUUACCCAUCUCUAAUUCGCGAACUGCUCGCACUGUACGUACGUAUACCCUGACAAGAUUUUAUUUGGCCUUCGCUACGUUGCGGAUUUACAGUCGUAUACUAAUUUAUUUUACUGGCAACGAGACUGACAACAGACGUUGAAAGAAAUCAAAUGUCACCAAUGUAGACAAGAAGAAAUGAUUUCACAAUUUAGUAAUCCUGUCGCAAAUAGCGCGCGAGCGGCGCAUUCGUCAGAUCUGGACGGACUAUAACCAAGAUAGGCUUUAAUAUGAUAAUAAUAAGAGUUGAAGUCAACAAACACCUCUUUGAAAUGCAAGAAGAAGAUGAAUGCAAUCUGUUAGUCUUGCUACUAGGACACAACUUACAAUCAUUUCAGUGAGACCUAAUAAGUUUUUAUAUAUUUAGUCCAUAUCCUCAAAAUUAAGCUAUCGUGAGACAUAUUUCAAAAUAUUUAGAUCAGUACGCUUUCACUCACAAAUAUUCAGCGCGCGCGCAACGAGCGACGAGGCGGGCGGCGCGGGCAGUGCACGACGUAUAGAUCGAAUCAUAUCAACUGAGCUAAUGCACUUACCUGUACUAACAAUGGCAUUGUAUUAUUACAAUACUAUUAUCUGCUUUUAUUCUCGUAGCCGCCAACUAGUUACUUACAAAAUAAGUUAAAAGUGCAUUGCAUGUAUAUUUAACUUUUAACCUUAUUCCUUGUUGAAUGGGGUUAAAAUGGUCUAAAACAUGUUGUAACAAAUGGUUUUCUACAGUGCAUUCGUUUUGGGUGUCGACGGUUGUAAAAUGCAAAUAAAGUUAUGUUAGCCAUUAUUUAGUUAGUGUAUUUUGUAGCCUAUUGUUAAAAAAUAGAGUCGUUAAUCUAUACUAACAUUUCAAGGCGGUUAUAAUCUGCUUUUACUACGAGGUAGUUAUCCUAAUUUGUGGUUUACCACUCAAUGGCAUUGUAUUCUUGACUCUUUAAGUAAACAGGUAAGUGCAUUAGCUCAAUUGAUAUGAUUAUAACUAUACAACCGCCGCGGCCACUCGUUCCUGAGGAAGGAUUCCCGAAGAAUCCGAAACAUGUCGCCAAAAGCGACUAAAAAUAAUAGUGAGUGAAACCGUAUAGUCCAUAUCCAUAUAAAUCAAAGAAAAUUGUAAUAAAUAUUAAGUUACUCGUUGCGUCGUGUGCGUCUAAAACACGUUUAUUCACAAAUAACUUUAAGUAAUAACUUGGUUGAAUGGUUAUAAUUCAUAAGACUGUUUUUAGCACACAUCAACAGCACCAUCGAACCAAUCAGGUGUUUCACCUCACAAAUGAAAUAUGUAUGUAUCACAUAAGAAUCCAUCAAACUUAAUAAGUUGUUCUAAAUGUAUAGUAAUAAAAUAUUUUCUUUUAACUGCAGUAUCAAGUGUAGUUAAUCUUUAUAAACGUAAUAGCUUCAUUUUUUGGGAGCGGAUUUUUAUCUCAAUUAUCUGCUUAAGUUCUUUGCUUAUGUACCUUUGUAGACUAAUUUAACUAACCAUUCAUGAACUAUUUGCGACGAUUUAAGGUCCACAGAUGGAAAGUUGCUCUCAGUACUUUACUGCAUUCGUAAAACAGUGCAUAUAGUAUUGCCUUUCACAAACAUGCUGCGAUCUUGCGUUAAAAAUAUUAAACUUAAUAAGCAUGUAUAAUGUUGAAAAAAGAAAUGUUAAAUUUUGUUGCUGUAUGUAUGAUUUUUAUAAAAUAUUGUAUAAUUUAAUGUAUUUUAAAUAAAUGUAAGUUGUUUAAUAUACAA